CCAGGAGAAGAGAAGAUUGCGGAGAGAGGCUAGAGAGAGGGCAGCGGCAAGGAGAGCGAGGGCAGCUGAGGAUAGUGCCCAGACUAGAGUCUCAGCUAGUACCGGCGCAACCAUGGCUACCUCAGCCAUGUCGCAAGUCUCUACACAGUCCUCCACUAGUCAGAGUGGUUCUCAGGUUUCCACUAGUCAGAUUGCUGCCGUGCGAGUCAGCCAUCAAACUCAACUCACGCCGGAGGAUUUAGAAAUUCGGCAAGCAGAAGAACUUCAGGAUGAGCUACAACGGCAGUUGAACGAUGCAGCAGAGAGUAGAAGAAAAACCAUACUUAGGAAGGCUAGACUAGGGAGUAGAAUGCAGGAGCUAGGCAGACUGGAAGCACUAGAUGAGGCAGCUUUAGACCCUGCUGGUCGUGCGCUGCGUAAUGCUUUACUUUCGGUAGCUGAAGCGCAGAACGUCCAGCAGGAAUUGCUGGCUGAUUUGGUGGCAGGCCAGAAACAAAUCCUGGCUGAACUUCGGGCUCCUCGCACAGCGGCGAGGCAGCCACAGUUUGUUGUAAUUCCCCCUGCGAAUGCGGGUCCAUCAUGGAUGCCGCCACACACAGGGCAAACCUUCUCUCCUAUGUUUGGCAUGCCCCCUCCAGGUGGUUUAGCAGCAACUAGUGGUCCUGUUCAAAGAGUCUCAGUUGUACCAUCCACGAUAGUGGUAACUACAGUCCCACUGUCAAGCCAGGCCCAGGUUAGUGUGCAGCAGCCUGUUUCAGUGGCUAUGCAGCAGCUGCAGCAAGCCCCUGGGCCCAUGCAGCCUAUGCAGUGGAUGCCUAAGAUACCUCUGAUGAGUCCCAAGCCCUUCUCUGGAGAUAGAAAGAAGGAGGAGGACUUGGACACCUGGGUGAGGACUGUGCCUACUUAUGUGAGGCACAAGCUCACAAGGCCAGAGCAAGAAGUUGUUGUGGCUGCCUCUUUUCUAGAAGGGUCAGCAGCGCGCUGGUUGAAUGGCUUAGUGCAGCAGCAGGGCUACGAUCAGGAUUUCGAUGCCUGGGCUCAGGCUCAGACAUUGGAACAGUUCGUACGGUCUGUCUACAAUAGGUGGCAUGACCCGCAAGGGGCUCAAAAGGCCACCGAUGCUAUCAACAACCUUUGUUCCCGCAGGUUCAAGGAUGUUAGAGAGCUUACGGACACCGUAGAAUGCCUUCUCGUGGUACCUGGUGUGCGUUUUGACCAGCAGGUUCUCCUGACGGAUUACCUAAGGUGCCUACCUGCAGAGGUAAGGACCAAGCUGGUUGAUGAGGCCUAUGUCGAACAGCACACCUUCGCUUCUUUUAGUAAGAAAGCUCUGGACAUAGAGGCAAAGUUGGGGUCUGCGCAUAAGGUAUCUCAUGAUGGUAGGAAGAGACUACCCCAGGACUGGGAGAAGAAAGGUCAGUUAAUGUUCGUUGACCAUGAUGGUCAAACGACAGAAAUUGACGAAUUCCCAGACCUUAAGGAGUUGACAGAGCAGGAUGGGGCCAGCGAGACUUCGGAUGGGGGAGUCGUGGCGCCCAUCAAGGAAAAGGCUAGGGGGACCGGGAAGAAGAAGGUAGGAUGGUCCACGGGUCAGGGCGACCAAGGGACACCCGCAUGGGUAAAGCUUGGUUUGGAUUACGAGGUGUGGCGUGACCGCGUUGCUAGGGGUACAUGCAUGAACUGUGGCAACUACGGCCACACGUCCAGGACUUGCCGCGACAAGAAGGUCACAACGAAGGUGGCCUCACCAAUGGUGCCCACAGGCGUGGUGGAAAGGGAGGUUGUACAUGCGAUAGAGAUUGUCCCAGGUAGCAAGGUGCCUAGAGGACGAAUCUAUAGGAUGUCUCCCGCGAAGUUAGAUGAGCUUCGCCGCCAGCUCAAGGAGCUCACAGAGAAGGGAUGGAUACGGCCUAGUACCUCCCCUUACGGUGCGCCAAUGUUCUUUGUCCCAAAGAAGGGAGGUCCAUUAAGGAUGUGCAUUGACUAUAAUGUCAUCACCGUUAAGAACGCGGAGCCCCUACCCCGCAUUGACGACCUCUUGGAUAGAGUGCAGGGAUGUCGGUACUUCGCAAAGAUAAAUUUGAAGUUCGGGUACCAUCAAAUUGCCGUUAGACCUGAGGAUCAGCACAAAACCGCAUUUCAGACCAGGUACGGUCUGUACGAGUUUCUGGUGAUGCCUUUUGGCCUAUGCAAUGCGCCUGGUACGCUCCAGCACGCGAUGAACAAGAUUUUUCAUGACUACUUAGACAAGUUUAUUGUCGUGUACCUCGACGAUAUUCUCAUCUUUAGUAGGACUGUAGAGGAGCACGCUGAGCACUUGAAAACAGUGCUAGGUCUCCUAAGACAACACUAGUACAAGGUAAACUUGGAUAAAUGCGAGUUUGGUCG